GACACGGCGUACGGAGCACAGGUACUCUCUUUCUAGAGAUUGAAAUAUAUGAUUCUUUAUCAGUCUUCAUUGAUUGAUUUAAAAAGUGGAGAGAAGAAAACAGCAAUUGGACCGCCCGGUUCGAAGUUUUCGCUCUCGAUCCAACGAUGACACCCCCACCUCCGAAGCGCCAAAAGCGCAAUGAAUACCGCGAUGAAGCAAAAGCCCAAGAAUCCGGGGCAAUUCAGAUGCCAAGGAAGAGACUUUACCGACAGCGUGCUCAUGCGAAUCCGUUUUCGGAUCAUCAUUUGAGCUAUCCAAUUAGCCCUGACCACAUGGACUGGUCCGUCCAUUUCCCUGCAUACGUGGACCCGGAUGAGAGUAAGACAAAUUUGGCUGGCUUUCGAAAAUUGUUGAAAGAUGUGGAGGUUGCAGAUAUAGGGUGCGGCUUUGGGGGUUUGCUGGUCGCAUUGGCUCCAGUGAUGCCUGAUACGUUGAUGGUUGGAAUGGAGAUCCGCAUUCAGGUCCUCGAAUACGUGACAGCACGGAUCCAGGCCCUUCGCUCCCAAAGGCCUCCCCCAGAAGCCCCACAAGAGUCCUCUUCACCAGAUAAAAGCGAGUCUCAACUUCAAAAUCAAUCAUCAAUCCAGUCUUCACCUUCAGCUGCUGUGUCCUCCGCGUCAUACCAGAAUAUCUCCGCCAUUCGCUCGAACACGAUGAAAUUCCUCCCCAAUUUCUUCUCGCGCCAUCAACUCUCAUCCAUAUUCAUAUGCUUCCCAGACCCACACUUUAAGGCUCGGAAGCAUAAGGCGCGAAUCGUCUCCACGUCGCUGAAUGCAGAGUAUGCAUACGUGCUAAGACCGGGAGGAAAGUUAUAUACCAUCACCGAUGUUGAGGACUUGCACCUGUGGAUGGUGAGCCACUUUGAGGGAACUGCGGAUGAAGUACCAGGCAAUGAUGCGGCCGGCGUGAGUGAAUUGUGGGAAAGGGUGGAUGACGAAGAACUAGAUAAAGAUGAAUGUGUGAGAAUCAUGAGAGACGAGACCGAAGAGGGGAAGAAGGUGACGAGGAAUGGAGGGCAGAAGUUCGUUGCAGUUUGGCGGAGAAAGGAGGAUCCGGAAUGGACUCCUUAAGUUUUUAUAUCUCUUUGCACCCCAGGUGGCCCCUACCAGAUAUCCACAUGCCAUCUACAUUUUGUGAACUUACUAUAUAUAGAGGUCCGCUCAAGCCUCCUCCAGUUGGAAACUAGAAGAAAAUAUGGCGUCCAAGAGCAGACAUCGUCGUUUUGCAAGCACUAAUAUGUGCUACUUCUACACUCCCUGACGGCAGAUCAAGGGAAAUCUGUAAGAGAUCGAAACGCAGUACCCGAUCCAAGGAACCCCAAUGAACUUGAAUAUCAAAAA